GAGAGAAGACGACGGAAGAACGAAAAUUACAUUAAGUAGUAGGUCGGAAGGGGAGAAAAAGAGAGGAGAAAGAACAGAUUAAGAUUCAGAAAAGGAAACAGAAAUAAAGAUGGCUCAACUGCUGGUGAAUGGGAUGCCUGUCCAAAUCUACCUGAUGUUCGUGAUGUUGGCCGCCGUGUCCCAUAAGCAACUUGUCCAUGGAGCAGGUCUGAGGGCAGAAGGGCUUUUAGAGGGCACCACGGAAGUGAUCAGUCACUCUCAGGGGCUCGUGGCACGUCUGGAGAGCCUUCUGGUGCUGGGGAACGACAGUGACAUUUCUCUGCGUGUGGAAACCGUGGAUGCAGAUGAGGUCAAGGUGAUCCAAGCCCACACGCUGGUGCUGUCACUGCAAAGCCCGGUGUUUGACGCCAUGCUCAGAAACCGCAAUGGCAGCACGUUAGUUCUGCGAGAAAUGGCGGAAUGUACUGCUGUGUUUGAUAAAUUCAUCAGAUAUCUGUAUUGUGGUGAGCUCUCACUGCAGUUGGACCAGGCCGCACCGCUUCACAGACUGGCUACCAAGUAUGGCAUUUCCAGCCUCCAGCAAGGACUAACCCAGUAUAUGAGCCAGAACUUGGCCAGCGAUUCUCUCGGUGGUCAUGUGGUGGGUUGGUUCCAGUAUGCCACAUCGCUUGGCGACACAGUGUUGAGAGACAACUGCCUUCAGUUUUUGUCAUGGAAUCUGUCAUCUGUGCUUCAGAGUGCAGAAUGGCUGUCGGUUAGCGUGGAACUGCUGAUGACCCUGUUGCAGCGCUCUGACCUAGUCCUCAAGAGCGAGCUAGAGCUGUUCGAAGCCCUCGAAAUCUGGCUCACUCGGAAUGACCCGGACAACCUGACUGCUGAGAACGCCCUUCGCCUGGUGCGCUAUGCCAUGAUCCCUCCCCGAGAACUCUUUCGCCUGCAACGGCAUUCUCCUGUCCUGGAGCGUCACCACGAGUCAGUGCGCGAUCUGCUUUACAUGGCGUACCAGUUCCACUCGGCAUCACCGCUUCAGUUGGCCAAGUUCUUCGAUGUGAAUUGCAGCCUCUUUGUGCCACGCAUCUAUCUCUCGCCCGUAUGGGGCUCCCAGUGGAUCAUUAGUAACCCGGCGCGGGAUGACCGCAGCAGCAGUUUCCAGACGCAGAUGGGCCCGAGUGGUUUCGACUCCAGUAAGCGAGUGACGUGGAACGCCCUGUUCUCACCCCGUUGGCUCCCUCUAAGCUUGCGGGCCAUGUACACAGAACAGGGUGCCAUGCAGCCACCGCGCACUGAUGGAGGAAACGGUGCCGGCCGGCCUCGUAUCAUCAUUACACCUGCUACUUCCAGUGCCGAUUUUGCAGGCGUGAGCUUCCAGAAGACUGUGCUCAUCUCGACUAAAAAGCAGGGCAAACUGGUGGUGCGGCAUGUGUUCAGCUUCCACCAAAGCACGGAGGAGGUGGACUUCCUGUCUGAUGUGGACCUGCAGAAUCGCACAUCUGAGUACCUGGUGGAUGGAGCGCUGUACUUGCACAUCAUUGUAAAGCCCAUAUACCAGACAAUCAUAGCAACCAAGAAAUGAUAUAAAAGAAAUGCAUUUGGAUGAUGGUUUAGCAGUUGGUCUACAGAAAACAAAGUUAGGAUGUGUUCAUCAUUGAGAAGGUGAACGCAAUAAUAAAAUGCAACACAAUAAGAGGAGUUGUGUUCCAUUACACACAGUGGGUUAGGGUUUACUGCAAACAAAGUGUUAAAAAAUUGAACAAUAUGUUUAAUGUGUAAAAAUGGCUUUUGGCAUACAUGUACUAAAUUGAAACAGGCUUUGAAAUACAUUUUGCCUUCAAACAUAAGUCAUAUCACAGUUCAUUUUUCUUCUCGACAAGGCUUGAAGAAAAAGAAAAGCAUUUACAUUUUUAGGAAAAUCACAGCACAACACAACAUCCUCCGUCAACACUGCGCUCAUUUCUUAAAGACAGAGACUCAGAUUUUAAAUUAGUUAUGCAAAUAAUCACAAUAGUAUUGUGCAUUGUAUACUGUAGACAGUAAUAUUAUUUCACUUUAGAAUGAAACUUACCAAGAAAGUUUUACCACAAUUACAACAACUGUUGUAACUUGUUUUUAGGUGCUAAUUUAAAUACAAUUGAGAAAUAUCACUCUUUCAAAUCUUGUGCAAAUGUGUAAUGGCCUAAAAUUUGUACAAUAGGCUAUAAUAGUAAUGCCAAAUGAUGUCACUUUUUUCCUUGCCUGUAUGUUUUAUUUUCCACAGCCCUUUUGCAUGUUCGAAUAGACACCUGUGAAACAGGUCAAUAAAUAAAAUAUGCUCUGCAUUCUUCCACUUUGUACAUAGUUGUUAACCAAAUAAAAAAAUACAUGAUAAAAUAUUGCUUUGAGUUUAAACUAUUGUAUUAAAAUUACCUUCUUACACAACUAAAAAUGGACUCCAAGAGAACCUUAUUUUUAUCAUUUGAAUUGAAAGUCCUUAAAUAAAUACAAACAUAGGCCUACAUGCAUACAUACAAAGUGUCAAAUGACUUUAUUACACUCACCUUUACACACUUCACAUUUAUACCUACUUACACCAUGAGCACUAUCUACACUCCAAGACACACAAAAAGUAUAAUUUGCCUAAACAUGUAAAAGUACAAUAAGUAUGACACAUUUUCAGUUUCGAUAUUACAAUAAAAGACUUAAGCAAUGAACACUCGUGCUUUGAAAAACACUCCAUACGUACACGCUCUUGCACGAGAACAGCGCACGCAGCUCCUCCUGUUUCCCCGGCGCAUACCAUUUACGUGAAACUACCAACCCCAUGAUCCCCUGCGUCGUCUAGGCAGGAAGAACGUGUGUUAGCAGGGGCUCGCGCUGAUCCAAGUUAGGAGCUCUCAGCUGCUAGCCUCGGCCCAUCAUGUAAGUGCCUGCCGAGGUUUCUUUUGCAGAGCGCUUGCAGAAAUCUCCCCGUCGCGCUUUGCGAAGCGUGCAUUUGAAAUCUUAACAAUUGCACGGAGAAGAACUCACCCGACGGCCAAAGCUUCCGAUUGCAUGAAGAUCGGGGCUUGUUUUUUGCACCUUUGUUGCUGCUUGAAGCCUUGCUGCGAGGGAUAUAUGGAGGGAGGGAGCGAGGAUAGCAAAGUCUUUUGUGCUUCCCCUUCCCCCAAGCCGAAAGAGGAGAUGUCUGGGCCAAAAUCAGGU